AUGUCUUUGGUCGAUCCCUCAGCUGGACGUGCAUUCGUAUGGUUCGUCUUUUUCUCUCUCUUCCUCUGCAUUCUCAGCGGCGGAGCUUGCCUUUUGGUGUACAUAAUCCUACCGGAGACCGAAUCCACCGCAUGGCUACCAGUCGCUGGCUUGUCGUUGGUUUGUCUCCCUUGGUUCUUUUGGAUCUUGACCUUCUUCUAUAGAGUCAUCUCGCGUGCAUGUGGUUUUCGAGUCUCCCUUGCCAUGGCCACGAGCGCAAAUGAUACGAACGACGACGACAACAACAACAAUAAUAAUUCGUCUGGUGAAUCCCCUCGAUGCGAUGCAAGGGCUCAAGCAGAGGAGGAUGGCAACAAUGACGAUCAAAGGCGAAGCAAUUUGUCGUCCAACAACUCGAUAAUGUCUCGUGAGAGUGAAAUUCCAUUUGCCAUAUCAAUGGGGUCGUGA